GCCGACCCUCUGAGUUCUUUACAGUUCGUGAGCGACGCCGUCUUCCUCGCCGCUUGCCGUAACGGAGACGUCUACAUCGCCGACACUCGCACGCCUGCUGCUCCCCAGGUCUCCCCUGGACCGGCGUCCCGGGGGGACUCCGUCCUCUGGUGGACGGACGCCUUAGGAGACAGGGUCGUCAGAGUCUCCUCAUCUGGACAGGUGGUGAUUUCAGACCUGAGGGACCUGGGAGAAGCUGUGAGCCGGGUUCAGCUGGACGUCCAAUCGCAUCGCUGCAGCCUGGGUGAUGUCAGAGUGUCGUGGGCUCCGGCGCUGGACGGGUGCAUCGCCGUGUCGGGUCUCAGCGGAGCAGUCCAGAUCUACGAGACGUCCGUCUGGAGGACGGAGCAGCGGGGGGACGUCCAGCCGCUGUUCGAGCACCGCGGUCACGCCGUCUCGUCGCCGUCGGACGACGUCUUCGUCUCCGCCCACGCGUGGCACCCCGAGCGGCCGCGGACGCUGCUGUCCGCCGCCUCGGACGGCUCCGUCCACCUGUGGGACUGGGUCGACCAAUCGGCUGCCGGCUGCUGACGAGUCAGAGCUCUGGUCCAGUGGCCUUCAGGAACAAUAGGAAACAUAAGAACCAAGAAUAACGGGUUAAAUAACGUGAAGUCUGGUCUGAUGUUGGUGUCAAUGUCUUGCUGUGUGGAUUCCUCCGUGUCUAAUGAUGGGGUAAAGAGAUGAAAAACAAACAAAUGGAGCAAAAUCACACGUUUCAUAUUAAAUUUACCCGAGAUUAGAUCAGAGAACGUCUGUCCUCAGUAAAGCCGUGUGUUGUCCUCGGGUCAAAUUGACCCGUUUCUAAGUGUUUUAUAUCAGAAAUAUGGAUUUCAUUUCAAUGAAAUUGCUCAAAAAAUAAAAUGCAACGUUCUUCAGGUAAAUUAAUGAUUACUUUCAUUGAAUUUUUGGGGUGUUUCAUUGAAUCUUAAAGCAAUUUAAUUUUUUUUUUUA